UUACGUUCGAGCUACUUAGUUGAAAAAAUGUUUCUAACGGAUUUGGAAAUUUCGCAAGUUGAUUCACUAAUCGCUGGACCAAUGGUGAUGAAGCACCUAAGCAAUAAGUUAGAGGGCGCAAAAUCAGCAAAAACGGCUCUGGAACAAGCAAUGUAUUCCAGAGAAGUGCUUUACGUUUUACGAGACCAUUGCCCGAAUUACGUUAAAUCGGAAACGUGGACUGUGGUUUGUGAAAUAAUCCAUAACCCAGAUUACUUCACUGGGGAAAAGCCAUUGAAAGAAGGUGAAUGGAAACUGAAGAGAGGUCGUUUUCUGAUGAAAGCCGCUUCGAUCAUGUACGUCUAAAGGAUGCCCGAGCCAUGGAUGUAGAAUCCAAAAAAAUGGAUCUUUUCAAAAAUAUUUUCAAAAACAAGCCCAAGCGUCGA